UGAAAGUGGCAACUCGUUUAGCGAAGAUUAACAGUUUGAUUGUGUUUGGUCGUGCUCGUGGAAAGAUUGUUAGAGAUACGCUACAUACCUAUGUAUUUCAUCUAAAAUUCUUGAAAUCAUUUCGUAAUUACGCGCGAAGCAAAGUGAUAACUUUCUUCUCGUGAAAACGGUAGCUUUCUUUCGUGUAUUACGUUAUGUAUAUUUACGAUAUUAAGAACAACGUGCAGGAGGCACGGUCAAUGUAAUUCUUAAACCUGAAGAACAUGGAUACGUUCAUCAUCCGUUACGUUUCCAGAUCACAAAGGUUAAAUGUUUCGUCGUUGAUAAUAAGUAAAUUUAUAUGCAUUUAUAGGAAAUUUGAACGCAGAGUACACACGAUACGUCAAAAUAUAUAGGACAUUAAUUUUUAAAUCGUAAUACGGUUUUCUACCAAGUCUGUACUUUUUUAAUUAUAUUCUAGAAAACACGAACUCACACAAGAAUGCGUUUAGUAAUAAUUAUCAGGAGAAUUAAUAGGCCUGUUUCGAGUGCGAUUCGCUGAUAAAAAUAUGUCUUGGGAAAUUUACAUUAUGCUUCGACGAGUUCGGCUGCACCUUUGCACGAACCGCUCGAAACAACCAAUUUCCAAACCAACUUCGUUUUCCUUUUUAGAUUUUUCUAAUCUCGCGUCAAGAUCGAAUUUUCUCGUAUUUUGUUCGAAGUAAAAAUACGUUUUUAACGCUGCGAUAUAUAAUUAGAUUAGUCGAGUGAUAUAAUUAGAUUCAGAUUAAAGAAAUACCAGAGACUGACACAAUUUGCAAAGUAUAUUUUGUAAAGGUGUUCGUUCAUCGUCCGUUGGACCGGGUAUUGGCGAUACUUCUCGAACAAAACGAUCAAAAAAGUAGAUCACCGUAUGUGACAAGUUAUUUCGCCGAGAAAUCCUUGAAUGUAAACGUAGCUUGAACCGAUAGCGUUCGAAUCGUUCGUAAUCUCUCGUGUAUCUUUCACAUUGUUACUAUUCGCAUGUAUUAUUUAUACGCGUGCACAUAACAAACAUGGACAACGUGGACGAUGUGGAGAACGUACAGGUAUUCACGAAACUCGAUUUUCUAUAGGAUAACUGACCGUUUGUAUUAUCCCUGCAAAUCGUUGCGCAUAAAUAUGAAUCGCGCGAUCGAAGAGGCUGGAGCAUGGUACGCGUGUACUAUCGGAAAAAUUCAUGCGGCGUAUGAACCGAUAUUCCGUGCAAAUGUAAAUUUUAUACACAUUUUCAGUGACACACAUACGAAGAAAUGGGGGCUCUACCUUUGUACGUAGAGUCAGUCGACGCCUCGCAUCGUACAUAUACAUGCACGUCUCACGUGUUUGUUUCUAUUGGUGGAGGAGUUAGCCACUGGCCGCUGAUGUAGUAGUAGUACACAGAGCAUUCAGUAGUAUAUAAGGGCGACUCUUUCGUACGACCACGCAUAACCGACAGGGAGUCAUUCCAUGACACGCGUUGCACGCGACCGGGGCAGUCUCUCUUCCUCCGUUUCUUCCUUUUCGUCGUUAUUCUUCGGCCGUACUGUGAUUGCCGCUUAGUUCGUCAAAGUGGUUCCUAGGGGAUUCGUCGUACUCGUUUGGAAUGUCUUUGUCGAUGAUCGCCACAGGAGGAUCGUGGCUGACGUUAAUGUUGUCCAUGUGCUUGAUGUUAAUCGUUCUGCUAUUGGUGGUCCGACGAGGGAAAUUUCUGUAUGCCCUAAGAAAAGUGCCAUACCCGCCUGCUUUGCCCAUCAUUGGCAACGCGUAUCAAUUAUGUUGCAGUCCGGAAGAAGCCUUCAAAAAGAUGCUGAAAUGGGGAAAAGAGUUAGGUGAUAUGUAUUUGGUUUGGGUAGGCAUGCGACCGUUUAUCUUCCUCUACAAAGCAGAAGCGAUACAGCCACUGCUAAGCAGUAGUGUUCACAUCGAUAAAAGCUUGGAGUAUGGAUACUUACGACCUUGGCUUGGUUCCGGUUUGGUAACAAGCACUGGUGAGAAAUGGCAUUUUCGCAGGAAAUUGCUAACACCAACCUUCCACAGUGGUCUUCUGGAAGUAUACUUGAAGACGGCAAUCAGAGAAGCCCAAAUAUUAAUCUCGUGCCUAAGUCAGGAAGUCGAUAAACCAGAAUUCGACAUUGUUCCUUAUGCCAAACGAGCGGCGUUGGAUAUAAUAUGCGAUAGUUCCAUGGGAUGUAACAUUAAUGCGCAAAAAAAUUUUGAAAACGAAUACGUGCUGGCUGUGAACACAUUAGCUUCCAUCUCGCAAAGAAGAUUUCUAAAUGUGUGGAUGGCUUUUGACCCGAUCUUUAAGCUAACAAGCUGGGGUAAAGAGUACGAUCGGGCACUUCGUGUUACUCAUGGAUUCAUUAACAAAAUAAUCGCGGAAAGAAAAGCCGAGUGGAAAGCCAAAAAGGAUGAGAAUUGCCAUGAACGGUCUCAUAAACGUCAAGCUCUGUUAGACUUAUUGCUGGAAUUAUCGAAAGAUGGAGAAGUACUUAGUGACGUUGAUAUCCGUGAUGAGGUGAAUACGUUUAUGUUCGCGGGUCACGAUACCACUGCGACCAGCAUAUCCUGGUUCCUGUAUGCAUUAGGAAGACAUCCUCAGUACCAGGAAAAAAUUCUUGAAGAAUACUACGAGGUAGCAAAAGCGGAAGAAUUAUCUCUAGACAUACUAAGCAAAUUAACGUGGUUAGAAGCGUGCAUAAAAGAAUCUUGGAGAAUUUACCCAGUAGCACCACUCAUCGCAAGACAAAUUUAUCACCCUAUUACCAUUUUGGGACAUGAAAUUCCAGUAGGAUCGACGGUUCUGGUAAAUUCGUUCCUUCUUCAUCGGGAUAUUCGAUACUUUCCAGAGCCAGAUACUUAUCGACCAGAACGAUUUCUUCCCAAUGGACCAAAAUAUCCUUCUUAUGCUUUCAUUCCCUUCAGUGCUGGCUCUCGUAAUUGUAUAGGGUGGAAAUAUGCCACGAUGAUCGUCAAAGUUCUUAUUUUGCAUAUAUUGAAAAAUUUCCAAGUCAAGUCCUUAGAUACAGAGGAUCAACUUCGUUUCACCAGUGAAUUGGUAUUACACAAUGCUAAUGGACUUCGUUUAAAGAUUACACCACGAAAAUAGGGAAGUCUUGUUUAAUUUUAUUGCAGCAAUAUAUACGACUGAGUGAAAUGAAAAGAUCGAAAUAAUAUAUAUAUAUAUUAUUAUAGUGAAAUGGAAAGAUCGAAAUAAUAUAUAAUAAUUAUAUAUUAUUUCGAUCUUUUCAUUUCACUAUAAUGAUAUAUAUAUAUAUAUAUAUAUAUAUAUAUAUAUAUAUAUAUAUAUAUACAUACUUUGAACUGUAAGCAAAAGGCUGAUUUUUUCUGCAUAUCAAUGUUAGAGAGACCAUAUUUUGUGAUAACAAUAAUGAUGCUAAUUUAUGUUAUAUUCUUAUGUUUAUCACGACAGUCAUUCGUAUUUAUUUAAGAGCAAAAAAAUAUCAUAAGAAAUUAGUUUGAUAGAAUUUGUAUAAUGAUCAGUAGGAAAUAUCUAUCUGUAAAUUAUAUAAACAUUAAGCAUUGACUGUAUAUUGUACAAAUCGUAUUAUAUUGUUGUGGAGCUUAAGAGUCAUAAUAAUCAAAGUUUUUGUAUUCCUUUUAUACAAUUAUUUUAUGUCUUUCAGAUGUUGCCACAUUAAGUUAUUACAAUUGUAUCUCUAAUUUUAUAUGUUAACAGCCAUUUGCGUAAUUGAUAAAAAUUUUGUUAUUAGUAAGUAGGUUUCUCGCUGCAAUUAUAACUAUUUUGAAGUUCCAACUCGUUGAGAAGGACUUGUGUAAUAUAUGUAUGUAAUGCUACUUUAAGUUUAAUCGAUGUUUAUCUAUAAUGGCAAAGGAUGCAAAAAUGCUAGGACAUUGUAUUAGUGUACUGACUAAUGACUAGGAAACUGUUGGUUAUCUCGAAAGUGAUAUUAAAUUUCGUGUAUAUUUUCUUAUUAGAUAGCUAUAAUACUUCGUUACUAAGUACUUUGCAAUUAUAAUUAUAAUCAUAAUUAUAAAAGCAUAAUUGUAAUAUUGUGAUAUUUUAUAAUAUCUAUAGUUUAUAAGAUGAAAAUAUGAGUAAGAUGAAAAUAUGAUAGGAUAUUAUACAUUUUUA